CGGGAAGAAGGCACUUUUCUGAGCGAAUGGCCUCUGCCCCAUCAAAAACCAAGACUCCAAGAAUGACUUUCUCCUACCAAGCGCCUGUAGAGGAAUUUUCAGAUAAGAGUACACUGCCUUGUCAUUACUUUUGAUGAAUAUUCAUUUUGAAGUUCUGCACACCUUCCUAGAAAUAAAAGAAACUUCGACUCAAGUUUUCAUUUGGAUUCCCGAAGAAGUCUUGUAUGAUAGUAUUGGAGAUCUAUUUUCUCCUCGCCCAAAGUUCAAAAUGGAAAGUAUUUAUUGACCAAAUUAACAGGUCUUUGGAGAAUUAUGAACCAUGUUCAAGUCAAAACUGCAGCUGCUACCAUGGUGUCAUAGAAGAGGACCUGACUCCUUUCCGAGGAGGUAUCUCAAGGAAGAUGAUGGCGGAGGUAGUCAGGCGGAAGCUGGGAACCCACUAUCAGAUCAUUAAGAACAGAUUAUACCGAGAAAAUGACUGCAUGUUUCCCUCAAGAUGCAGUGGUGUGGAACACUUUAUUUUGGAAGUUAUCGGGCGCCUUCCUGACAUGGAGAUGGUGAUCAAUGUACGAGAUUAUCCUCAGGUUCCUAAAUGGAUGGAGCCUGCCAUUCCAGUCUUCUCCUUCAGCAAGACAUCAGAGUACCAUGAUAUCAUGUAUCCUGCUUGGACCUUUUGGGAAGGGGGACCCGCUGUUUGGCCAAUUUAUCCUACGGGUCUUGGACGGUGGGACCUCUUCAGAGAAGAUCUGGUAAGAUCAGCAGCACAGUGGCCAUGGAAAAAGAAAAACUCCACAGCAUAUUUCCGAGGAUCGAGACUUUACAGAGCACACGCAACGAAGGUCAUGCAGCUAUUUUGGUGCAAGCAAAGAAGGACCAAAUUCUCAUCCCUGAAGGGUAAAGUGGGGACAGCCCAGGACCACCUAGAGGCUGCAGUAUCCAAUAUCCCCCUCCUCUGCUAUGAAAGUGACCAGACAAGUCCAGAACGAGAUCCUCUCAUUCUUCUAUCUCGGAAAAAUCCAAAACUUGUUGAUGCAGAGUACACCAAAAACCAGGCCUGGAAGUCUAUGAAAGAUACCUUGGGAAAGCCAGCUGCUAAGGAUGUCCAUCUCGUGGAUCACUGCAAAUACAAGUAUCUGUUUAAUUUUCGAGGUGUAGCUGCAAGUUUCCGGUUCAAGCACCUCUUCCUGUGUGGUUCACUGGUUUUCCACGUUGGUGAUGAGUGGCUGGAAUUCUUCUAUCCACAGCUGAAGCCGUGGGUUCACUAUAUCCCAGUCAAAACAGAUCUCUCCAAUGUCCAGGAACUGUUGCAUUUUGUAAAAGCAAAUGAUGACAUAGCUCAAGAAAUCGCUGAAAGAGGAAGCCAUUUUAUUAUGAACCACUUGAGGAUGGAUGACAUCACCUGUUACUGGGAGAACCUGUUGACUGAAUACUCUAAAUUCCUGUCCUAUAAUGUAACAAGAAGAAAAGGCUAUGAUCAGAUUAUUCCCAAAAUUUUGAAAACUGAACUCUAAUAGCCAUCAUCGGAUCAAGUCCUCUCUAGGGCAGCAGAUCUGAGAUACCCUGUGGUGGGGAGCUUACCCUGAAUGUAGCACCUAUACCUUGACUACUGUUACCAAGACAAAUAUCUUGUUUUCCUUGUCAUGCUGCACCCAGAGCAAGUCUCGAGAAAGAUCCAAAACGUGUAUAACACAGAUAUGAAGCAGCUCAACGCUUUGGCUGAACAAGGACCAGAAAUCAUGAUAUAUGGGUUUUGUACCCGAUUCUACCUUUCAUUUUCUUAGGACCAAUCACAGCUUGUGCCUCAGGUCAUCCACAUAUAUAUGUACAUCACUGUGAACCUGACUGUGUCCAUGGGAUGAUGUUCUUUGUGCCACAGUUUGGAGCAGAAACUCAAUCAUUUGGAACUAGUACAACUCAUCGCCGCAAUUCUGCAGUUAUUCUAGGCUUGAACUUUGAUGCUAUAUUUUAACGUAGGAAGCUCAGUCUAUAGGGUUUGUGAAAGGCACUUGGGGAUUAUUUUUUGAAAGGUCUAAGGAAGCAGUAGUUGUGCCAUGCACUGACACAGGAGUCCCCUUCUGUAAAAGCAUUAACUCUUUGGUACUCAGGAGGUUUCUAUAAUGCCAUAUAGAAAGGGACCAGUUGCAUGAGUAAUUGCAAUUGGAUCUCAAGUUCCUUUUGUGCCUUCAUACCCUUCUUUUUAUGGUCUCUAAAAAAAAUACAUAAACCUCUUAAUCAAGUUAAGAAGGAGUCCUCACUCUUUGAAGGAACUGUGCAUAGGACAGCAACUCUUCACUCUUUGCACAUCCCUAAUAUUUUUCCUCCUUCAACUGGCAGCAGUCCACACACUCACUGUCUUGCAGGAUCUGCUUUUCCCCUUUUUUACUAUUAAAUACUAGUUUAAUCUCUCAGGAUGCUCUUGCUAACAGUCAAAAAUGAAGAAAAAUUGUUAGAUUGAAACUCAUAUAGUCUGAUGACUUAGAAUCAUCCUUGUCCCUUAAGCCCAACAUUUCUGCAGAGAAAUCAGUUCUUUCCCUCUGACUCCUAAGAACAGAUCGGUAUUAAUUGGUUUCAAAAUUAGUAAAUGUGAGAUUCAGUCAUAUAAAAUCAGGAUUUUAUUCUCUUUGUGAGAAAUGGCCUUUUAAACUUCCUUCCACAAAAAUUUAAGCAUAAAGACCUUCUUAGAGGAGUUAAAUAUCACUGGUAAGACCAUUGCGUGGAAUAAGCCAGACAUUUAAAGUUGAACUUUUUUAGCAUGAAAAAUUAAUGGGGAUUGUGUCCUUAGGUGCUAUAAGUGUAGUGAUAAGAGCUCCAGAUUUAUGAGUUAUAUAUAUUAUGGUUUUGCCUUGUCCGUAUGAGGUCCUAAUAGAUGUCAUUAUUUCGUAUUUUACUUUUUCUCUCACCAAACUAGGAACAAAAUUUUCUGUCCUUUGGAUUAGGAGCUGAAAGUACAUUUUUCUGGGAGUGUUUCCCUUUUGCUUCAAGUUCUAGCUCAAGCAUCACCUUUUCUCUGAAGCCUUUCUUUCAUUCCUCUAGGCAGUUAGAGACAAUAUUUUGCUCAUGCCUGUAUUAUAUGACAUCACAUUGUACUGUAGUUAUUUGACUGCUGUUCUGCGAGCUUCUUGAUGGGUGGGAAUCACGUUUUACUCAUCUUGAUGUCUCCAUUAUCCAGUACAGUGAGCGCCUCACACAGGGUAGACCCUGAAGUAUUUUUGGAACAGUGACUCAGUGAACGGGUGUAUGGAUGGAGACAGUUGGCUUAACUAGAUCCUAUUCACAGAUUGCCUGGCCAUUGGCUCCAAUGAGGGACUGUGUGAGACUUAACAGUUGGAACAAUGCAAAUUACCAUCUGCCCUUUGCAAAGUCAAUCAGGGCAUCUUUGUAUUUAAAUACAGCAAAUGUUACUCGGUUUUUAUACUUACUUGUUUACCUCAGUGUAGAUGGUAUGAGGAUGGUGUGUAACAAUAUGUAAAAUGUAUGUUUUUGAAAAUAAUUUUUAUCCCUAUAAUUUCUGAUGGUUGUUUGUUAUUGUUAAUACUAGCUGGGUCCCAAACUUACCCCUUCCUCCUCAGUGAGCUAAAGGCCACUCUUUUUUUUUUUUUUUCCCAAGGAAAAAGUAUAAUUUAGUUUAUUUGAAUGAAGUGGGAUACUUGGAUAAGACAGGCAAUGCUUUUCCUUUCUUUAUUUGGCAAGUAUGAUUUGUGUGAUGUUGUCAGUGGCCCACCUAUCCCACUGUUAGGUCAGGCUCUCCUAGUUGCUGAGAACAGAAACAGCCCCCAGCUACAUUAAGCAAAAAAACGUAUUAAAAGGAUAUGAAGGCAUCUUAAAGAAUCUUAACAAGGUCCAUAGCAGUUGGAAGGGUAGAGAGCAAGGCAACUUCAGGAAUCUCAGCAAGAGUUCUGGACUAUCUCUAAAGUACUACUGUGUAUAGUUCCAGAAUUUUCCAGGCUCUCUCUCAGCCUAAUAUUCCCAAGAGAAAAAACAAUGGGCUCCUUUUGGGUCAGCUCCAAAGAGGAUAUCCCUGUCCUUCACCCCGACACUGAUAAUGAAUAAGAACACACAUAAAUACAAACCCAUCUUCGCAUGCAUCUAAAGAUGCCUUCACUUUAGAUAAGUCUACUGCAUCCAGAGAUAAAGUGUGAGUGAGCCAGAGGGGUACAAUUAUAAUUACUCAUGUAAUAUUUAUCAAAUACUUUUUGAGCAUCUACUGUGCACAAACAGUGGGAGAUAAGAAAAUGUAUACAAUAGGCUCCCUAUCACAAAGGAGCUCUGUCAUUGAGAUGAUAACAAUACUAGAGGCAUCCUAAAGAAAGUAAUUAAAAGGACAUGAGGUCAAUUGUU